CCAGUUGUGGCGAAAGAAAACCUCUGUACCACAGCGCUCCGCAGAGGAGCCGAGGGCUAGGUUAAGAGUUAUGCAGGCUCGGCACGGGGCGCGGAGGCAGCAGCGCCGUCCUGGCCUCUGGAACCCCUUCCUCUGCCGGCGUUGGUACGUCCCUCCCGGAACCUAUCCCGGGCGCAGGCCCCGCCCCCCUCAGUCCGCCCACGGGCAUGGGCGUACCUGCCCGUAGCAGGUGAGCUGUCCUCGAGGACCCCCUUCCCGAUCACGGAGCGGUAUAGGCGCUUGCCGCCCUUUCCCCACACAGUGCGGCGUGUUGAGAGGUCAAUGAAUGGUCAUUGAAAAUAAGAAAGGAAAUGAGAGUUGUUGACAGGCAAAUAAGAGAUAUCCAAAGAGAAGAAGAAAAAGUGAAACGAUCUGUAAAAGAUGCUGCCAAGAAGGGUCAGAAGGAUGUCUGUGUGGUUCUAGCCAAGGAGAUGAUCCGGUCGAGAAAGGCCGUGAGCAAGCUCUAUGCAUCCAAAGCGCACAUGAACUCCGUGCUCAUGGGGAUGAAGAACCAGCUGGCGGUUUUGCGAGUGGCUGGUUCCCUGCAGAAGAGCACAGAGGUGAUGAAGGCCAUGCAGAGUCUAGUGAAGAUCCCAGAAAUCCAGGCCACCAUGCGAGAGCUGUCCAAAGAGAUGAUGAAGGCUGGGAUCAUAGAAGAGAUGUUAGAGGACACUUUUGAAAGCAUGGACGAUCAGGAAGAAAUGGAAGAAGCAGCAGAAAUGGAAAUUGACAAAAUUCUGUUUGAAAUCACCGCAGGGGCCUUGGGCAAAGCACCUAGUAAAGUGACCGACGCCCUCCCAGAGCCUGAACCUCCAGGAGCCAUGGCUGCAUCGGAAGAUGAGGAGGAGGAAGAGGCCCUGGAGGCCAUGCAGUCCCGUCUGGCCACACUCCGCAGCUAGGACCGCCCGGCUGGGCCACAGGCUCUCUCCUGGCCCAGGCGUCACCAUUUUAUUUGUCUCUUGCACUACACUCCUGGGGGAGGCUCUGCAUUCUGGAGAAUGUUCUCUGCUAAUCUCUCUUCACUCUCUGCAGAGGUUUGGGAUCUCAGUGGGAUGGUUCUGGAGAGGUGGUGUAAUAAAUGCAUCAUCUUCAGGAGUAUAAACAGAAGUAUCUCUUGAGGGGCGAGGGCAAAGAAAUCUCACGAAGCGUUUCUGAGGAUAGACUUGAUUGCCUGAAUGUUGAGGACUGUACAUUUUUUUUUGUCUGUAAAACACUAUAUAAAUGGAUUUUAAUAAAUUUCUGCUUUAACA